AUGGCGGACACGACACCUGAAGAUGCGGCGGCCGCACGCGCGGCAGAGCAAGUACGCUUGCGCAAGGCGAAGCGAGAGGCCAAGAUUCGUGCGGGUGGCACUGCCAGAUUGAAUAAGAUCACCGGUCUCGGUGGAGGCUUCCAGAGAGAUGAUCCAGUCCCUUCUCCAGCUCCUUCCGCGACCGAGACCGCCGUCCCUUCCGCCUCGCCAGCCCCGGCUGCACCCAAGCCUGCGAGCGCCGACCACGCGGACCCUGAAGAAAUCGACAUCUCGCAGCACUUCUACCAGCCCGCCUCGACCCCUAGACCUUCAGGCCCCCCGAUCGAUCCCAACGCUAUGAGCGAGGACCAGUUGCGGCAGAUGAUGCUCGGCUUCGACCGCCCCGCCCCCGGCGCCGGAGGCCCACCGCCCAUGAACCCCUUCGCAGCCGGCAUGCCGCCUGGUGCCGAAGAGGACCCCAUGAUGAAGAUGCUCUCGCAGAUGAUGGCCGGCGCAGGAGGCCCAGGAGGAAUCCCAGGUUUCCCCGGCGGUCCCCAGGGCGCGGGCUUCCCGCCUGGGUUCCCGGGUAUGCAGCCCGCUCAGCAGUCAGCCGACGCCUCGUCGGCGUACCUCUGGCGCAUUCUCCACGCCGUCUUCGCCAUCUCCCUCGGUCUCUACAUCGCCCUCUCGACGACCUUCACCGGCGCCAAGCUCGAGCGUGAGCGCACGGCGCUGGCGUACAGCUACCCCACCGGCAGCGACGAGGCGGUCACGGAUGUGAAUAGUAUGGAAAAGGGCCGCGAGGUGUUCUUCUGGAUGUUUGCUACGGCUGAGGCGAUUCUUCUUACCACGCGAUUCUUCAUCGACAGAGGCCGCGCGCCGCCGAGCGGGAUCGUUUGGACGAUCGUCUCGUUCUUGCCCGGUAGUGUCAAGAAUUACGCUGAGACGUUGCUGCGGUAUGGGCAGAUUUUCGUGACGGUCAGGAGCGAUAUUCUCGUGUGUGUUUUCGUACUGGGAAUCUGCUCAUGGUUCCGUGGUUGA